AUGGCAAGCUCCUUUGAAAAAUCUGUCAAAGGAGCCACUAAGUUUAAGGCUUCUCCUCCUAAAUCGAAAUAUAUCGAACACAUCCUCAUAGCAACGCAUUCCGGGGAGCCCGGAGUUGCAGAAGUCUUUCGCGCACUGCAGCAUAGACUUUGUGAUUCAACUUGGACUGUAGUCUUCAAAAGUCUGAUAACUGUCCAUCUAAUGAUCAGAGAAGGAUCGCCAGACGUUACCCUGGCUUAUCUCGCAAGGCAUAGGAAUAUAUUAGCUAUAAGUAGCUUUUCUGACGUACAAACUCAAGGUCGUAAUAUCAGGCACUACACAAACUAUCUAAGCGAAAGAGCGAGGUCUUUCAAAGAUACGAAAUGUGAUUUUGUCCGGGGAGCAGCAACAAGGUUGGAGAGACUCACAGUGGAUAAAGGCUUGCUUAGAGAAACAGAAUCAGUCCAGCACCAGAUUUCAGCCUUGCUGAAAUGUGAUGUCCUUGACAAUGAACCUGAGAAUGAAAUAACUAUCACAGUAUUUCGCAUGUUGGUGUUAGACCUCCUCGCCAUGUUUCAAGCCAUGAACACGGGCCUAAUAAAGAUUCUGGGUCAUUUCUUCGAAAUGUCAAGACCAGAUGCCGAACGCUCUCUGAAAAUUUACAAUAAUUUUACCCAGCAAACAGACCUUGUUGUUCAGUACCUGAGUGUAGCUAGACAGUAUGAGCACCAAACCCGAGUAGAAGUGCCCAAGUUAAAGCACGCUCCUACAAAUCUUGGGAAACAACUAGACGAUUAUCUACUGGAUCCUGAAUUUGAGGCGAACCGAAGACAAUAUUUAGCAGAGCAGGAAUCCAAAAAGAGCAAAAACAAUGGAAAUGGGCCCAACAAAAAUAUUACCAAAAUCGAACCUCCAACUCAAGUAGCUAUGAGUCGUACAUUCCCAGAAACUACACGCGACAAUGCAACAAAGCCCACCAAAAUCCCAGAUGCAGAUCUUAUAGAUUUUUUCGAGUCAAUCGAACAGAAACAAGAACCUAUUGCCAGUAAAUCCAUUGGGCAGCCGGAAGCUACCAACUUCAAGUCUGCUGAUAUGUUUCAGGCCCAUUAUUAUGGACAGUUGCAGAAUAAUGGUUUCGUUUCUCAACAAAAUUCCUUUCAAACUCCUAAUCCAUUCCAACAACUGUACGAUGCAACAAGUUUCUCUAACAAUCAAGUAUCAUCAAAUAUACAGACCAACUUAAGAAACUCUAGCUAUACAGGCUUCACACCCCAACCUUCAUUCCAGCCAAGUAAUCUAACCCCAAUUCCUCAGCAUAUUGCAGUAAAUUUCCAGUCUCAAGUAUCCCAACCACAGGCAGUUAUUCCACAGCCCGUAGAAAUGCAAUCAACCAAUCCAUUCCGUCAGUCUAUGAAAUUGAACGCGAAUAACAUCACUGGAAUAUUAAAUCCUUCGUCCCAGGGAACUUCCCCUAUCCAUGGAAAAUCUACCAAUCCUUUCGCGAAGCCUGUGAAUGGUUCAACCCAGAUCUUUCCGCAGGUGACAGGCCAAAAUUUCCAACCAACCCCACCACAACAGCAGUCCCAUACAGGUUUUUCAAUGCAACCACUUGUCACUGGCACUUCUAACCCAUUUUCCAAUCGUCUUGACCCCGCCACUUCCGACUCGAGGAUUGGGUCUCAGACUGGUGAGGGGGUCACGCACCCAACAGGUAACACCAACCCAUUUCGAUCGAGUCAAUUUACAAAUAGCAUUGGAGGAAUAGGAUGGCAAAAUAACCAACUGCCAAUAGGAGGUGGGCUUGACAGUUUAGAAACUGUACCGGUAUUCCCUCGAUCCGUACAGCCACAAACAUGGCAGUAG